ACCUACUAAUAAAGCGGGCGAUCUAACUUACUAUUCACAAGGGAGAAGAUGCUUUUAGUAUCAUAGGGUCAUCUUGUCUUUCUUCUGUUUUAUCUAAGCUAAGGUUUGGUAAAGGUUCUGAUGAGGAUUCAGUAAGCUAAGGUUUGGUAAAGGUUCUGAUGAGGAUUCAGUAUUUGUGGAUGGUUUGGCAAUUGGCUGUGGUCGUUUCCGAGGUGAAAAUUUUUGUAAUGGAAAGAGGGGAGAGGAUAUAGGAAUGGGUCUCACAGAGGUGGAUGGGUGGACUACUGGGAUUAGUAGGUUUGGAGAAGGCAUAUCUAUAUUGGUGAUAGGAGGAAAGACCAAAUUCGGUGUUACCGUUAUUAUAGGAGGAUACUUUGGAGGAGGAGGAGGAGAGGGAGAUUGAGAUAGAGAUAUAAUACCUUGAGCCGGGGGAUGCUUAGGUCUCUGAUCUGCUGUUCUAAAAUAGCAAUUCGUUGGAGGUUGUUUUGAUCUUUUGUUCUUAGUUCAUCGCAGAGGAUAUUUAGCCUUUGAAGAAAAACUAUGGGCCCCGCGUCAUCAUGACGUCACAUUCCAAUACCAUGGCCAGCCGCGGUUUUGAAGAAAUCCAGAUGCCGCCGCGGUACAAAAUGGUCCAUAGGACAAAGAGUAAAAUUCAUAAUGAAUAUACUACAAGAAAAAUGUGCUAAUAUUCAAAUCACUAAACAAUUAAAAGAUAAUGAAUAUUCAUUCUGUAAAAGCGUUGUAUAUACUCAAUAGUACAGAGAUCAAUCUUACAGAUAGCCAAGAAGAUUUUCGAAAAACUCAAUCCCCCAAUAUAAAGGCUAUAGGACGGUCAUGAUGACGCGGGGCCCAUAGUUUUUCAAAAAAAAAACCAGGGCGGAGAAGGUUUUGCUGUGGAUGGAAUCAUUUGGUGGGGCUCUUGAGAAUUACGGUGGACUUGGUGCACGAGCUGGUGCAUGGAUUUGGAGUGGGCACGUGAAUAGACAGCUUUCACCUGCCCAGAAGGACAUUUCGAAUGGCUCGUUAUGCCUUUUGGCCUUAAAAAUGCACCUUCAAUUUUCCAAAGAAAAAUGGACUCAAUUUUUAAUGAGUAUCGUGAUUUUGUUCUUGUCUAUGUUGAUGAGUUCAAAUUUAAAAUCUCCGUGGUGGAAAAAUAAGUCGUCUCAAAUUUUGGUGUAGGUCCCGUCUGGUACUCCCUUCUAGAAAUUACGAUAAAAUUUUUUUCGGUUGGUAACAUAACCAUAAGUUGUCAAUUAAACAUUUUUGUUCGUCUGGUAAUAUAGUGGUAGGAUUUCGGGGGCAAAUGCUUGUCCAAAAAGACAAAAUAUGAAAAAUCGAGACUCAACACUUAUAGAAGAUACUGGUGAAACGUUACUAAGAGUAGACGAGCGGGGUUCUCUGAAAACUGUACGCCAAGAGGGUCUUGUGCACCGACACUAUGUCUUAAGUGGUAUUAUCCACAUUAGAAAAUUAAAUUUCAUCAUAAGUCCAAGUCUUAGGAAAAUUGCAUCAUCGAAAAUUUACUGAGAUAAAGAGUUUUAGAAAUAUAAAAAUAAGGAGACAAAAUUGUGAUAAAAUCCUAGACCCAUUCCUAAUUAGCCUAAAUGGAUAAGCAAAUCUUUGGAGGUUACUUUUUAAUAUAUUACAUAAUCUGGCCCCCAAGGUACAAGUUAAAAAAAAAAAAAAAAUUCACGUGACUGUCACAUCCUAUAAUUAGCACUAAUUACACCACUUAAUUUUCAGACCAGAAAAUUAAGUUGUAGUUUUAGUGAGAUAAAAAGGUUAUCUCACUAAUGUCUUCUAUAAUGUAUAUUUGAUAGUCAAGGAUGGUUCGGGCUGUUGCAUGUAUAACAAAGAAGUUUAUUUUUAUAGUUUCGAGUCGGUUUAUAUUUUCAGACAUGUUCCCGUCUGGUACUCCCUUCUAGAAAUUACGAUAAAAAUUUUUUCGGUUGUUUUUUAUAUUUCUAAAACUCUUUAUCUCAAGAUAGAGGAAAGAAAAGGAAACUUUUCUUAGAUUUAUCCUCAAUGCAACCACAUUAUGUAUCACAUCUCACCAAAUUUUUUAGGAUUUUUCAGGAUUUUUUCUGGUCUGAAAAUUAAGUGGUGUAAUUAGUGCUAAUUAUAGGAUGUGACAGUCACGUGAAAUUUUUUUUUUUUUUUUUUAACUUGUACCUGGGGGCUUAAAAACUCAAAUUAAAAUGUAUUUGUAGGUGAAAACGGUCGCAGUUAAAUCCUAAUUUAAUAGGGAUAGAUAAAUAUAUGUCUGAGAAGUGUAGUUUAAUUUUAAACUCGCAGUAGAACAGAAAGGGGAAGAGGUAAAAAUAGGCAGUAAAGGAUAUCUUAAUUAGAGAUAGAAAUAGGAUGAAGUUCAAAUUUAAAAUCUCCGUGGUGGAAAAAUAAGUUGUCUCAAAUUUUGGUGUAGGUUCCGUCUGGUACUCCCUUCUAUGAGGAAAGACCAAACUCGGUGUUACCGUUAUUAUAGGAGGAUACUUUGGAGGAGGAGGAGGAGAGGGAGAUUGAGAUAGAGAUAUAAUACCUUGAGCCGGGGGAUGCUUGAGGUCUCUGUUACUGGUGAAACGUUACUAAGAGUAGAUGAAUAUCUAUCAGAUGCUGAAACUAUUUACUCCAUAGAAAGUAAUAUAGUCUAUGAAAAAGAAAUUGACAAAGGUCCCUCUUCAGACGAUGAAGAAGACAAUUUCGACCAUAUGGGUAAAUUUGUUCUUCUGGGGCUGUAGAGAUACUAUGUCUAGGAAAAUUUUCAGUAUUAUAGGUUUCUGAAAACCGCAGCGGCAUCUGGAUUUUUUCAAAACUGCGGCUGGCCAUGGUAUUGGAAUGUGACGUCUCCGUGGUGGAAAAAUAAGUUGUCUCAAAUUUUGGUGUAGGUCCCGUCUGGUACUUCCUUCUAGAAAUUACGAAUAAAAUUUUUUCGGUUGUUUUUUAUAUUUCUAAAACUCUUUAUCUCACUAAAUUUAACAGAAAGGGGAAAAGGUAAAAAUAGGUUGAAGACUUGAAUGUAAAUCUUGUUCAAUUGUGAGUAGCUUUUGUUCUAUCUUUUGGGGUCUUGCUUCUAGUUGGCUUAAUCUGUAGUCUAUCAAAGAAAUCUUUUGUUCUAUUAAAGUAUUUUGGUUUUUAAUAUAAUCAAGAUUUCGUGUUAUUUUGUCAAGUGACUCUGUUUGGAUUCUGAUGGUCUGGUCUAAUCUGAGUAUUAAUUGUUGGAGAGUCCUUAGAGGAUCUAUUUUGAAUAUUUUUAUGAAAACCAAAGGUAAAGGUAUGGAAAUUGCCUGUGAGAUGAUAAAUAAGGAAAGGGUAAGGUAGGGAAAUUGCCUGUGACAUAAGCAUCUUCGCCAUUAAACCUAUGGUCGAAUACACGCCGAAUUUUUCAAUCAAACUAGCUUGUGUUCGGCUCAUUUAAUAAAAAAGCAAACACGAGCCCGUCCCAGUUUGCUUGUGUUCUUCUAUCUACUCAAGAAGCAUGUAGUGUCUCUAAGUGAUGAGAAGUGAGAUCAAAUGUUUACUAUUCGGUUUUCAGACUAGUUUUUCAGAAUAAAAAUGAAAAAUCAAACUCCUAAAUUUCAAUCACAUGAGCAAAAAAAUCUUCCAUGUUAUAUUUUAUUCUGACGUGCAAACAGAGCUGAAAAUAAAGGAAGUGAUCUACUUUAAUUUGAUAUUCCGAACUGAAUUCUUCCGCUCCUCGAUAGCGCCGUCGAGCGCCGGGCGGUGGAGAGCUACUCCGGAUGCCCCUCGGCGGCAGAGCUGGCGGCGAUGCUCGGGGUCGGAGGGGACGAGAAGGAGGUGGGGAGGGCGGCGGGGGCAGCGGCGGCGGAGGCGGCGCCGGUGUUUAGCUUGGAGGAUCUGAUUGUGCCUACUACUUCCUCUCAUGGGUUUCAGGCUCUGGGCACUCCACCUUUGCCUAAGAACUGGGACUCGACUUGCGGAAAGCGCAGAGAAGAGAUUCUUCGGCAGCUUCAGGAACUCACCAUGUCCGAGGCCGUUAUCAGUACAGUUUCUGAGGAGUUAGAACCAGUCGCGGAGUUUCAGUCAUGGGCGUCGGAGCAUGCAUUUCAACAGGGUUAUGCAGGUCCCGAUAUUGGUGGCGAUAUUACGAACAUAGUUGUACCUAUUUAUGAGGAUUCAAAGUGGAAUCUCGAAGAGUAUCAAAAUCCUACUGAGACAUUGUCCAUGCAGUUUCCAUAUGAGCAAUACCCUCUCAAAUCCGCAGAAGGAACCGUGUCGUCGCUUGUCGAGAUCUCAGACAUAUGUGCAGGUACAAGCAAUGGAGCUGUCGGCAGCGACACCAGUGGACAAGCUGCCGGUGGAAAAAUUGCUCAAAUUUUGCCGAGUAGAGUUCGACAUGAUCUACCUUGCCCUGAUCGCGGCUCUGUAAUCUCGCGGUAUAAGGAGAAGAGAAAGACGAGGCGGUACGAAAAGCUCAUCCGGUACGAAUCACGUAAAGCACGCGCCGAUAGCAGGCUGAGGAUCAAGGGACGCUUUGCGAAGAUGAAUCAAGCGGACAAUAAUUAGGUGAAGCAGAAAGGAUACAGAAGAACUCAUUACUGCGUAAUCCUAAAUAUACUUAUUAUAUUUUCAGGAUAUAUGCUUACUAAACUAGUUCACAAGGUUUUCCUCAUAUCAUGCUUGUGUUUUAAUAUAGUGGGUAAUUAUGCUCUCUUUUAGUUGUAUAUAUAAAAACCAAAGAAAGAUGCUGGUUAGAAAGCUUAAUAAAGGAGUUUUGUUAUUGUAACUAUGAAGUGAGAAUUGAGUUUACCUAGCAGAGGUACAGAGAUUAUACUGAAGGCUAAAGAUAUGCCAAAAAUAAUGACAUUGGAGUACUUUGGAGUUGUGUGGAAUUAA